AUGUAUAAUGUGCUUAUCGGUACCAGUGGAAGUGUGGCUGCAUUAAAACUACCUCUGAUUGUAGAACAGUUACUUACACUGGAUGAUGCAGAGGUAAAAUUUGUAUCUACACACCAUUCUUUACAUUUCUUUGAUCGCCAACAAGUGAAAUGUGAGGUUUUAACUGAUGAGGAUGAAUGGUCGAGAUGGACGAAGCGAGGAGAUCCUGUGUUACAUAUUGAAUUAAGAAGAUGGGCUGAUCUGUUUGUUAUAGCACCCCUAGAUGCUAACACUUUAGCCAAAAUCUCAACUGGAAUAUGUGAUAAUCUAUUGACGUGUGUGGUUAGAGCUUGGGAUUUAAGUAAACCAUUACUGUUUGCUCUAGCCAUGAAUACCUGUAUGUUAGAUCAUCCUAUUACCAGUCAACAAGUUUCCAUCUUACUGGAAUGGGGCUAUAAGGAAAUACCAUGCGUAGAAAAAUUAUUAGUAUGUGGCGAUAAAGGUAAAGGUGCGAUGGCUGAAGUAUCAACGAUUGUUACGAGGAUUGAUUCAGAAUUAAAAAGUUUACAAAAGAAGGACACGUAA